AUGGGCAGGAUUGGCUUCUGUGCAUAUAUGUCUGAGCUUAGUGUGUCAACAUUAAGUGAUUCUUUCCACAUAAAAUUGUUUAUUCAGCACCCAAGAAAACAUUUUCUCAUCUUUGUUGUUGUAGCCCCAGCCCCAAAAAGGCAGAAGUGUGAUCACUGGUCUCCCUGCUCACCUGGGGACUACGCCUAUCGGAUUCUUAGCGGUGGUGGCAAAGGAAGACUGGCUAAAAUUUGUUUUGAGGAUGAGCUGCUUAUAAGUGAAGAGAGGGGUAAUGUUGGAAGAGGUAUAAACAUUGCCAUUGUGAACUAUAAAACGGGAAAAGUUACAUCAGCAAAAUUUUUUGACAUGUGGGAAGGAGAGCACUCAGGAGAGAUGAUGACUCUCAUUAAAAAUGCACCAGAAGGGUCCCUCCUUUUGAUGGUGACUCACGAUGAUGGAAGCACCCGGUUACAAAAGGAUGCAAAAAAAUUACUAGAAGAGUUGGGAAGUAAAGAAAUACAGAAUAUGAAGUUCAGGUCAAGCUGGGCUUUUAUAGCUGCCAAAGGCUUCAAGCUGCCAGAUAAUAUCCAAAAAGAAAAGAUAAACCACUCUAACAAGAAGAACAACAGAUACAGUGGCUGGCCAGCAGAAAUCCAAAUAGAAGGCUGUAUCCCAAGAAACCUAUUCUGA